CUACUGCUGGCGGCGACUAUUAUUGUUUCGCUCCUUGUUCGUCUUUUUAAGCGGCCUGGCCUCCCUUCAGGCGCGUCAUUUACAGAAUGGGGUAUGCCGUUCAUCGGUUCCCUCAACUUCUUCACGAAGAGGGGUGAUUUCCUGCGAGAGGGCGCAAAGCGUAGUCCCAACGGCUACUUUAAUUUCUACUAUGGAUCGUAUCCUAUUAUUGCUCUCUCGGGAGAGGCCGCACGCACGGCUUACUUCAACACGCGAGGCCUUGAUCUGAGUGCUGGAUUCCGGAAACUCUUUUCUGCAGGCCCCGACAUUGACCGUAUGCUUGGCUGCAAUAUGAGCGCUUAUUUUAUAGUACUCUUCAAGCGGCUUACAGGCAAGGAGCACUUGACUACAUGUCUUCCUUACCUCAACAAAGAUGCCCGCACUGCCUUUACCGCAGUCGACACGUCCGUUCCCAUGGAUCCUUUUGUAGUUCUCUAUGAUUUACUUUACAAAUUCACUCACCGUACCGUCGGCUGCCACGAGGUUGCCGAUGAUCCUGCACUUCAAGAGAAGACGAUGCGGUACUACGAGAAGCUGGACAAGAGUUCGGCCCUUCAAGUCAUGUUUCCCUGGCUGCCUACACCCACAAAAUUUAACAAGAUAUGGGCGGGAGCGAAACUGCACAUGAUGUUUGGAGAUAUGAUUCGGGAGAGGAGAAGAACUGGUCGUAAGGCGCAAGACACGAUGCAGAUCUUGAUGGACAAGGGAGAGAGCGAUUUGCUGUCCUCAGCUUUUAUCAUCGGCGCAUUGUUUGCUGGUUUGAUCAACACCGGAGUUCAGUCGGCAUGGAUUCUCUGCUAUCUUGCCCACGACCCCGUCUGGUAUGCCAAAGUCAGAGAUGAAGUCGACGCCGCUGUUGCAAAAUACAGGACUUCUGAAGAUCAGACGCCACUAGAUGUCCUCGCAGAGCUUUCUCUCGAGGCAUGGGAAUCUGAAUUCCCGUCCAUAGAUCUGGGAGUGCGGGACAGCAUCCGAUUGAACCUCAUGGGGGCUUCCAUCCGCCAGAAUACUUCCGGGAAGGAUAUCAAGCUUGGCAAUACCGGUGUCGUUGUUCCAAAUAAUGCUUUCGCUGUCUAUAGUGUGGCAGACAUACACAUGGACCAGGCUAUUUACACAGAUCCGUUGAAAUGGGAUCCAAGCCGAUAUCUUCCAGACAGAGGAGAGGACAAGAAGGGUCAGCAUGGAUAUAUUGGCUGGGGAACUGGAUUACACCCAUGCCGUAAGCAGACCCUUAUUGCAAAACUCGAGCUGUUCGUUUCUACUGCCACCUUUUUCGCCAUGUUUGACUUUAAAGCCGUUGAUAGGAACGGGAAUCCGACGACGGAGCCGCUGCCUCGUUAUGAUAGCAACGCGCUGUCGGCGAAGCGCAUGGUCGAUACGGUCUAUUUCAAGUGCGAUCGCAGA